AUGACAACACCAAGUUCAAAACGAAUAUUGAGUGAAAUAGAAAAUUUACGAACCUUAGCAACAGAUAAUAAUCCAUCAUCUGUUCAAUUUCUUCUUGAUACAACAUCUGUGGAAAAUCUAGAAUCAAGUGUAAUUCUUGGAAGAAUUUUACCUAGAUCACAAAUUUAUAAUCAAGCUGCAUUUCAAAUAGAAAUAAAAUUAAUCAUACCCUAUCCAUUUAAACCACCUGAAGUUCGGUUUAUUACACCUAUUUAUCACCCGAAUGUUAGCGACGAUGGCAAAAUAUCUAUUAACAUACUUAAUGUUGGAGAUAGUUUCUCACCAAAAACAUCAUUAGUUGAUAUUGUUAAAGCUAUUGUUAAUCUUAUUGAUAACCCAGAUCUUAGUAAUGUGCUUCAAACAAAUAUUGCUGCUGAAUAUUCACAAAACAGAGCUGAAUUCGAUCGUAAAGCAUUAGAAAUGGUCACAAAACAUGGUUUACCGCGACAAUAG